CUACGAAUUCCAGUUAGAUUAUCUCUUGCACAAAAGCAAUUUGAUCCCACCCCAACGAAACCCAAAAAGGAGCGAAAUAAUGUCCUAUCGCGAGCGCUCCGACUCCUACUCCCAUCGCUCUGUGACCCGAUCUGCAUCCCCAGACUCGCGCCAUCACCGUCAUCAGCACCACCACGCCUCGCGCUCCCGCUCUCCAGAACAGAGUAGCAGACGAAGCAGACAUCAUCAUCAUCAUCAUCAUCAUUCACAUCACCGUCACAGACAUGAUCGGCACUCAGAAAAGGCUCGUCGCGAAGCAGCGCCGGUCGAGUUACCGUUCGGAGCGCGACAGCUCUCGAAGCGCGAUUUGCCUCUCUUCGAACCAAUGUUUGCGAUGUAUCUUGAUAUACAGAAGGGGAUUAUAAUGGAAGAUUUGAGCGAUGAAGAAGUGAAAGGAAGGUGGAAGAGCUUUAUUGGGAAAUGGAACCGUGGAGAACUUGCUGAAGGAUGGUAUGAUCCUGUCACGCUCGAGAAAGCGCGCCGCAGCGCUGCAGAGGAACCGCUUCCGUCGCGCGAUAACGCAGGUUGGAGACGAACAUCGCCAGACUACGAUGGAGCGAGUCAGGACGGAAGACCACGGCAUACUAGAGAUGAAAGGGAAGAAGACGAAGACGAAGAUGAGGAUUAUGGUCCUAAACUUCCGCACCCGGGCAUGUCAGUGGUAUCAGAAGACCGCAUGACCGGAGCAAGGCCUGGUCCAACGAUCCCGAAUACACAAGAUUUAGAGAUCAGGAGAGCGACUGCAAUCGCGGACGCAAUCGCUGCUCGCGAAGACCGGCAGAAGCAACACCGUGCCGAGAUCCGUUCUCAUAAAGCCGAGAUGCGACAUAUAAACGAUGAAGUCGCUCCUCGUGCCGAACCCGGCACCCAUGAACGGCGCAUGGAGAAACGGCGGGAAGCUGCAGCUGCAAACCGGGAGUUUGCUCGGACAGUUAGGGGCGGGUCACCCAUGGAGGCCGCUCCAGAAGCUGAGCUCAUGGGAGGGGACAAUGAUCUCGAUAUAUUGAAGAAAGAACGAGAGAGGGAGCAGCGGAAAAAGAACGAGCGGGAAUUACGAAGAGAGGAAAUGAUGCGGGCGCGUGCAGCAGAGCGGGAGGAACGACUGCAGAGAUAUCGGCAAAAAGAAGAAGAGACGAUGGGCUGGCUCAAGGCAUUAGCAAAGCAAAGAUUUGGGUGAAGACCAUGGUGGACGUGAUGGCUAUGUGGCUCCCGUAUGGGACGGUUUGGUCGUUCCUCCAUUGUAUAGGGCGAUCGAAGUGGAUUUCGCGUGUCAAUUAGUCAGGAAGGCAAAUAACUAACUAA